AUGGAUUGGAAAAUAGCGUUAUUUUUCUUCGUAGUGUUGGGUUCUGCGUUAGCUCAAGAAAUGCCAGUGCUGUAUGACGCGUACUUCGGGAAGCCUGUCACUGAUAAACGAAGCGGUUAUCUGGCAGGAGUUGUUAAUGGGACGAGCCUAUGCACAAUACUUGUGCGGCCAUGUCGCAAAGACGAGGGGAGGCGAGUGGACGGGACGUGCACCAACCCCAAGCAUCCCUCCCGGGGAGCCGGUAUGUCUCCAUUGCCACGACUCCUACCAGCGCGUUUUGGACCAGGUAACACUUUGAGGCCAGCGAGAGAUGGGUUUGAGCUACCAUCAGCUCGGUACCUGCGUACGUCACUGAUCGCGGAUGGAACGUUCACUAAUCCUGAGUUCUCCGCGUUAGCUACUCAUGUCUUAGUCACUUCGGCAGCUGACAACGUGGAUCUUUUUUACCUGAAUCGGUAUUCCCGAGUAAGUGACUGCUGUCUCGGCAACACCCCCAAUCGCGUCAAUCCCCUUUGCAUCCCCAUCCCCGUGCCAGGCGACGACCCCUACCUUCGAAUCGCCCGAGUCAGGUGUCUUAACCUCACCAGGAUUAUCACCUACCAGGAUAUUGGUUGUUUACCCAAUUCGUUGCCGGCUGAAAGAUACUCCGUUGUAACUCCCUUACUGGAUCUCUCAGUCGUGUAUGGAUACACGGACGCGAGGAUUAAGAUGAUCAGAUCAAAUCAAGGUGGAGAACUGGCAUUCAGGAUGGAAGGCAAUCGAGAGGUGCCACAAGGCAAUAGCGUAUUCUGCACCAACAACCGACCUCCUGAAAUCAGCUGCUACAAUUUUGGUGAUGAUUUCCAAACCAAUUUACUCUCCAGUAUCUACUUGACUGCCAUGUGGUUCUUUAGAGAGCACAAUCGAAUAGCUCGUGGUUUAGCCAAGGUCAACCCCUGCUGGGAUGAUGAGAAGCUGUUCCAAACUGCUCGCCAGAUCAACAUCGCACAGUACCAGUAUAUCUUCUAUUAUGAACUGAUUGUGGAAUUCCUUGGUCGCAAAAAUGCCCUAGCGGAAGGUCUUAUAUACGAGACAGAUGGCUACGUAAACGACUUUGACCCUCACUACGAGCCUGGCGUAAUCCGAGAGUAUAUCAUCGGCUUCCGGUGGUUUCACAAUAUUCAACCGGGCAAAUUGGAUCUUUACAGGAAUGGCAAGUACCUUGGCAGUAGGCCCACGCCUGAUGAUGAGUUGAGGAGCGGCAUCCUUGCCAUCAACAACACUGAGGCCGACCUCACGCAGGGCUCCUACAUCCAACCCUCCGACGAGUUCGAUUACGUCAUGGCUCCCGAUCUAGCAGAAAGAUACUUUGGCGAUGUACAACUAGUGAACGACCUCCCAGCUACUGACAUAAUGAGAGGCCGUGACGCCGGUCUGCCGCCGUACAAUCACUACAGGAAGAUCUGCGGCAUGAAGCCUGCCAAGCAUUGGGAGGACUUCCAUGAUACUAUUGAUAAAGAUAAAGUCGAGAUGCUCCGGCGCAUCUACGACGACAUAGAUGACGUGGAACUGAUGGUGGCGAUCUACUCGGAGAGGCUGAUGCCGGGCACAUGGAUCGGGCCGACGCUCUACUGCAUCAUGGUGCACAACCUGCUGCUGUGGAGACGCUCUGACAAGUUCUUCUUCGAGCACGGAGACUUCCCCGCUGCUCUGACGAUCCCUCAAUUGACAGAAGUGCGGAAGACGAGCAUAGCCCGUGUGCUGUGUGACAGCGGAGAUGACGUCAAACAUAUACAGCCUGCUGCUUUCUUCAGACAAGGACCUUGGAACAAACCGGUGUCGUGUAAAGAGAUUCCGGGCAUCGACUUGAACAAGUGGAAGGACCACUGGUGUCCAAAAGACGAGAAAAAGUGA